UGAGAGUGUUGCUGAGAAGUUUUGUGUUUCAUUCAUUUAAUUUAUUUAAGUUACAAGUUUCGUUAUUUCUGUGUUGAUUUUUGCUUCUUACAAAUAAUGUGCACAACGUGAGCGCACACAGCAGCAGCAUUUCGUUAAACAGCAAAACUUUGACUCUCGAUGAUGCAGCCCAUGUGGCACUUGCUGCAUGCACUGCUGCUGCUUAGCGCCUGCCAAGCUCAAAACGAUGGCGGCUAUUACAAUGUGCAACAGCAGCAACAACAACAACAACAACUAUCACAGCAGCAACAGCAGCAGCAGCAACAACAACAACAACAACAACAGACGCCGCUAUCAACAUCUGCAUACGACAACGUCAACAACGACAAUCAACAACAAUAUGGCACGAAUCUCAAUCCCAAUCUAAAUCCAAAUAAUCCAAAUUAUAACUAUAAUGGCCUGGGAGGCAAUCAGGAUGACUAUAAUAAGCGACUGGGUGGCGGAGGCGGCUUUGAUGACGAUGAGCCCAGCUUGCAACGUGGCAAGAGCGCUUACAAUUCGAAGGCCUUCUUUCUGGAGACGUUGCACAAUCGAGAGCCAACCUAUUUUAUAGUCGCGUCACGCAUGGUGCGCCCGGGUCUGAUUUAUCAGGUCUCCGUCUCGAUACUCCAGGCCAAAUAUCCCAUCACAGUGCAUGCCAGUAUCUCGUGCGAUGGCGUCCAGAUCAGUGGCGAUUCCAAGGAUGUCAAGGAGGGCGUACCAGAAACUCUGCUCAUGCGCAUACCACCGACAAGCGUCACAGGAGAUUACAAGUUGCGUGUGGAGGGUUUCUAUGAGAAUGUCCUUGGCGGUGUCGCUUUUCUCAAUGAGACCCGUUUGGAUUUCUCCCAACGUUCGAUGACCAUCUUUGUGCAGACCGAUAAACCCCUCUAUAUGCAGGGUGAAACUGUGCGUUUCCGUACAAUACCGAUUACCACCGAACUGAAGGGUUUCGAUAAUGCCAUCGAUGUCUAUAUGCUAGAUCCAAAUCGGCAUAUACUCAAGCGUUGGCUUUCGAGACAAUCGAAUCUGGGCUCUGUUUCGCUAGAAUACAAGCUGUCGGAUCAGCCGUCAUUUGGUGAGUGGACGAUCCGCGUGGUUGCCCAAGGCCAGCAGGAGGAGAGUCACUUCAGCGUUGAGGAAUACUAUCAGACACGUUUCGAGGUGAAUGUCACAAUGCCGGCGUAUUUCUUCACCACCGAUCCCUAUAUCUAUGGCCGGGUAAUGGCCAAUUUCACCAGUGGUCUGCCCGUGCGUGGCAAUUUAACGCUGAAGGCCACAAUUCGACCCAUUGGCUACUUUAGCAAUCAGGUGCUGAAUGAGAAGUUCCGUUUGGGUCGCUCGCCGCUGGAGCAAUCGAAUUUGUAUAACGAACGCUGGCGCUACAACAAUCCCAAUCAGCACUGGGAUCAACAGCAGCAGCAGCCGUACAAUGUGCCGCCCCAGCUGCAACAGGAUGGCAGUGAUCUCUCCCAGGAUCUGCUCUAUCGCAAUCAGUAUGUCGUCGAGCGUAACUAUCAAUUCGAGGAGGAAUGGCCGUUUUGGGUGCGCAAACCCGAAUAUGUGGAUAGCUAUGAUUCGUGGACGAGUAGCUAUCGCAAUUCCCUGCCAUAUUUACGCUACUUUAAUGGCACCUUUGAUUUCAAAUGGCCGUUGCGAGAGCUCGAGCUACUUGUGCCCAAUAUGGCCAACAUGGAGGUGCUCAUCACGGCGACGGUUGGCGAAAAAUUCUAUGAUGAGAUCAUCAGUGGCUAUGCCGUCGCUCGCAUCUACAACUCCAGUUUGCGUGUCGCGUUCCUCGGUGAAUCGCCGCAGGUCUUUAAGCCAGCCAUGCCAUUUACCACCUAUUUGGUUGUCGAAUAUCACGAUGGUUCACCCAUCAAUCCGCAUCUGUUGCGCCAGGGCCUGAUGGAGGUCAGCGGUUUUGUGGAGAGUCGAAAUGGUGGUCGGCGCGACUGGCCCGCUCAACGUUUGCACAUGUCCCAGCAGAGUGAUGGCAUCUGGGAGUUGAAAAUCGAUAUACGCAACGAUUUGAAUCUGGAUGAGCGUCCACAAUCGAGGGAUUUCCUCAAUGGCAUACAGAAUAUGCGGCUGCAGGCUAAUUUUGUGGAUCCACGCGGUGAACGCAUCCAAACCGAACUGUUGCUCGUCUCGCAUUACUCGCCACGGAACCAGCAUAUUAAGAUCACGACGAGCACAGAGCAACCUGUGGUUGGUGAAUACAUCAUCUUUCAUAUACGCACCAAUUUCUAUUUGGAGGAAUUCAAUUACCUGAUCAUGUCCAAGGGCGUCAUCUUGGUCAAUGACCGUGAGACCAUUGUCGAGGGCAUACGCACCAUUGCCGUCGUUUUGAGCGCUGAAAUGGCUCCGAUGGCCACUUUGGUUGUCUGGAAGAUCACGCAACAGGGUCAGGUUGUGGCCGAUUCGCUCACGUUCCCAGUGAAUGGCAUUUCACGAAAUAAUUUUACGGUUUACAUCAACAAUCGCAAGGCGCGUACGGGUGAAAAAGUUGAAGUGGCCAUCUUUGGGGAGCCCGGCUCGUAUGUGGGUCUCUCCGGCAUCGAUAGCGCCUUCUACACCAUGCAGGCGGGCAAUGAGUUGACCUAUGCCAAGAUCAUCACUAAAAUGUCCAACUUCGAUGAGCAAACCAAUGGCACCUACAAGCACAUUUGGUACUCGCACGAGGGUAAUCCCGAUGAGUUGGUCUAUUUCCCAGCCUCUUCCUUUGGCAUCGAUGCGAAUCGCACUUUCGAAUACAGCGGAUUGAUUGUGUUUACGGAUGGUUAUGUGCCGCGGCGACAAGAUGCCUGCAAUCGCACCCUGGGCUAUGGCGAGUGUUUGAGUGGACGCUGCUAUCGGCUGGAGAAGCGUUGCGAUGGUCUCUUUGACUGUGACGAUGGCACCGAUGAGAUUGAUUGCCAAGUGCGCAACGACACUGAAUUGCUCAAUUAUCGCAAGUAUCGCUUUAAUCGCGUGCUGCGGCAUUACGAGAACGUUUGGCUGUGGAAGGAUGUGAAUAUUGGCCCGCAUGGUCGUUAUAUAUUCAAUGUGGAGGUCCCCGAUCGUCCCGCCUAUUGGAUGGUUAGCGCUUUUAGCGUCAGUCCCUCCAAAGGAUUUGGCAUGUUGAAUCGUGCAUUGGAAUAUGUUGGUGUGCAGCCGUUCUUCAUCAAUGUGGAAAUGCCGUCGGUUUGUCGCCAGGGCGAACAGGUGGGCAUCCGUGUCACCGUCUUCAAUUAUAUGACAACUGCGAUUGAGGCCACUGUUGUGUUGCACGGCAGUCCCAACUAUAAGUUUGUCCACGUCGAGGAAGAUGGCAUUGUUCGCUCAUAUAAUCCACGCACCAGCUUUGGUGAGCAUCAGUUCUUCAUCUAUUUGGAGGCACAGGGCACCACUGUGGUUUAUGUGCCGGUGGUGCCACAGCGGUUGGGCGACAUUGAGGUCACCUUGCAUGUGGCAACGUUGCUCGGCACGGACACCAUAACCCGUACACUGCACGUCGAAUCGGAUGGUCUGCCCCAGUAUCGUCAUCAGUCCGUCCUCUUGGAUCUCUCGAAUCGUGCCUACGUCCUGGAGUAUAUGCAUGUGAAUGUCACCCAGACGCCAGAGAUACCCUAUCAGGUGGAUCGUUAUUUUGUCUACGGCUCGAAUCGUGCCCGCAUCUCUGUGGUGGGUGAUGUGGUGGGACCGAUCUUUCCAACGAUGCCAGUGAAUGCCACAUCGCUGCUGUAUCUGCCCAUGGAGUCGGCCGAGCAGAAUGCCUUCAGUUUUGCUGCCAAUCUCUAUACGAUUAUGUAUAUGCGUUUGAUUAAUCAACGAAAUAAGACGCUGGAGAAGAAUGCCUUCUAUCAUAUGAACAUUGGCUAUCAACGUCAGUUGAGCUUUAUGCGUUCCGAUGGCAGCUUUUCACUUUUCCGCUCCGACUGGAACAACUCGGCAUCAUCCGUCUGGUUGACCAGCUACUGUUUGCGCGUCUUCCAGGAGGCCUCGUUCUACGAGUGGGAGAACUUUAUUUGGAUCGAUGCAACGAUCAUUGAGAAGAAUAUGCGUUGGCUGUUGCAACAUCAGACGCCGGAGGGUGCCUUCUAUGAGGUCACCUGGCUGCCGGAUCGUAAAAUGAAUCGAACCAAUUCGGCCAGUUAUACGAAUCUCCGUAAUCGUAAUAUUACGUUAACCUCGCAUGUGCUGAUCACACUGGCCACCGUUAAGGAUUUGUCGGGUUCGUUGGGUGCACGGGUUGCGUUGGCGACGCAACGUGCCGUUGCCUGGAUUGAGCGGAAUAUGCAGUUCCUUAAGGAUACGCCAGAGCCGUAUGAUGUCGCCAUUACGGCGUAUGCUUUGCAACUCUGCAAUUCCCCGAUUGCCGAGCAUGUUUUUAGCAUACUACGUGAGCAUGCGAGGACGAUUGGUGAUUUCAUGUAUUGGGGCAAUCAGGAGUUGCCGCAACCGCCACGCAAACUGGAGAAUCAGAAAUGGUUCGCCUUGCCUCGUCUACCCUACGAAUACGAUUCGCUCAACAUUGAGACGACAGCCUACGCCUUGUUGGUUUAUGUGGCGCGGCGCGAGUUCUUUGUGGAUCCCAUUGUGCGCUGGUUGAACGCACAGCGUUUAAAUGAAGGCGGCUGGGCAUCCACACAGGAUACGAGUGCCGCAUUGCGUGCUCUAGUUGAAUAUACGGUGCGUUCGCGCAUCCGUGAAGUGUCCUCGCUGAGCGUCGAGAUCGAGGCAUCCUCGCAGGGCGGCAAGACCCAAGCGCUCCACAUCGAUGACACCAAUUUGGCGAGACUGCAAAGCAUUGAGAUACCCGAUGCCUGGGGCACGAUCAAGGUGCAGGCCAAAGGCGCCGGCUAUGCCAUACUCCAGAUGCAUGUCCAGUACAACGUGGACAUUGAGAAGUUCCAAACGAAGCCGCCGGUGCCAGCCUUCGGACUGCACACCAAGGCCAUCUUCCACGGCAGAAAUCAGUCGCACAUCUCCUAUGUGGCAUGCCAAAACUGGGUGAACACCCAAGAAUCGGAACGUUCGGGCAUGGCUGUGCUGGAUGUGGCGAUACCCACCGGCUACUGGAUACAGCAGCAGAAACUGGAUAGCUACGUGCUCAGCAAUCGAGUGCGCAAUCUGAAGCGUGCUCGCUAUCUGGAACGCAAGAUUGUCUUCUACUUUGAUUUUCUGGAUCAGGAAGACAUCUGCGUUAACUUUACCAUAGAGCGCUGGUAUCCAGUGGCGAAUAUGUCCCGCUAUCUGCCCGUGCGCAUCUACGACUACUAUGCGCCUGAGCGCUUCAACGAAUCCAUCUUUGAUGCGCUGCCCACAUAUCUGCUGAAUAUCUGCGAGGUGUGCGGCAGUUCCCAGUGCCCGUAUUGUUCCAUCUAUAAUAUGGGCUGGCGUGCUUCCAUGUCGCUCUCGCUGCUCUUCUUCAGUGUGUUCAUUUACCUGCUGCGGAGUCGUACGCAUUUAGUGCUCAAUACGCUACAUCUGUUCACCUAGAAGGUGCCUCGUCGAGGAUCAGGGGGAGGAGACCUUCACUAGCAGUCCAAAACAGUCCACAAAACAUGUUUAGCUUAUUACCAUUUGAAUUGGAAUAUGUGUUGAGUUUUAUAGUUGGUUUUUAUUUUUCUAUCUCUAUAUCUAUAUCUGCCGAUUUUUAGUUUCUUCUACGAAAUUGCAUUCCGUCCAAUAAUGCUACUGACGAGGUUUUAUUUUAUUGUUUUUUUUUAUAAUUUGUAAUAACCGAUUCGAAUCGUAUCUCGAAAUGUACAAAACAGCAUAUUUAUAAUAAUCAACCAAUCGAAUGGAAAUAUUAGUUUUUGCCACACACUAUAAAGAAUUAAAAUUUGAUGUACACAAUUCAUUUAACAUAUACAUUUAUAGCAAUUUAGUGUUUAGCAUUCAGUUAUAUUAUAAGCUCUAUAUUUUAUCACAUUCAGAACUGGAUCGAAAUCUUUGCCUUAACUUUAGCUGGGCGCUUCAAGUGCUGCUUUAAAUGAAAAGUGAAAACGAAUCGAAAUAAUGUAACAAGAAAAGUGUCUUUUAAAAUCACAAAUUGCCUUUAUUAAUUUUAGAAAUCAAUAUUGAAUAUAUACAAAGCAUGCAUAUCAAUCGAACAUUUUUCUACACAUUUUAUACAAACUGAAUGUUUUUUUGUCAAAGAUAUUGAGUCAUAAUGAAAACGUUGAAAGCGACCGUCCAUUACAUAUUUAUGUUUAAAUAAUGCAACAAAUGAAUCUAAUUAGUAUUUAAGUAUUUUGUAUUUUCACAAAAACAUUUUAGAUAUUGCUUUUGUAUAUUAUACGAAUCCAUAUAGCCAUAAUCAAACUGUAGCUAACGACUCUCAAGAUCAAGUACUCCGUCCCUACUUUAUGCUAAGAGUAAUGAAAAUAUUAAAUGAAAUGAAUCUGUCAAGUGAAA